UCCGACAGCCACCGCUGAGCCUGCACAUGUUACAUAUGCACAUUAGUAUGCAGCUAUAAUGCAGGCAACUACUAGAUGCACAUCUUAUCUGCCACAACUGCCCUCGGGAAUCCAUGAGCUUCUGUCUCGGAGCACGAGGGCAAGCACGCGGAGCAGCCACCGGCCUCGCUGGCCUCCAUUAACAGCCCAUUUUUCACAUGCUGGACUGUGCGCUGGAGGCGUUCAGCAGCAGAGAAGUAUUACUAUAAAGCAGUUGGAUCAUGGGAGGGUUGACAGGGAACGCGUUGUUAUUCUAGGAAGUGGAUGGGCGGGAUAUACAGUUGCGCGCCAACUGGAUUCGAGGAAGUAUCAGGCUGUUGUUGUGUCUCCAAGAUCCUACUUCGCUUUCACACCAUUGCUGGCUUCUACUUCAGUAGGUACCCUUGAAUUUCGGACGGCUCUUGAACCAGUCCGGAGUAAGCGUUCGAAGGUCAAUUACUUCCAAGGGUGGGCGGAUGGGGUCGAUUUCAAGAACAAGACGGUGACCAUUGAGGAAGCGGUCGAUGAUCCUACUCAAGGACUAUCACCAACAUUGGAUCGCCAUGCUGGCAAGACCGGUUCCCAGAGAGAGCGUGAGAAGGCAACAGAAGCCAAGAAAGGAAGGCUAUUCGAUCUAGCCUACGACAAGCUGGUCAUAACUGUCGGCUGCUACUCUCAGACUUUCGGCAUACCGGGCGUCAAAGAAAAUGCCCUUUUCCUGAAAGAUGUGGGGGAUGCAAGGAAGAUAAGAAACCGGAUACUGGCAUGUUUCGAGGCUGCUGCUCUCCCUACGACAUCGGACGAGAUGCGUAGAACUCUUCUCAACUUUGCCAUCGUCGGAGGCGGACCAACCGGCAUCGAGUUUUCGGCUGAGCUGUACGAUAUCAUCAAAGAGGAUCUUGCCCGAAUAUACCCUGAGUUGAUCCCAUUCCAUCAGAUCACGGUUUACGAUGUUGCGGACAAAGUUCUUCCAAUGUUUGACGCGAAUCUCGCUGAUUAUGCAAUGGACGCCUUCCGCCGAGGAGGAAUUAGCAUCAAAACGAAACAUCAUGUCAACGAGCUGCGUAAGGGUCCACCAGCGGGGAGCGCCAGCAAGGUUGAUGACCAGAACGCCUGCUUUACCCUCAAUAUUAAGGAGCAAGGCGAAGUUGGGGUGGGAAUGGUCGUAUGGAGCACUGGCUUAAUGAUGAACCCCUUUGUAGCAAAAGCUCUGCGUGAUAUUCCCGAACUUCCAGAAGCAGGCGUCAAGUUCCUGGAAUCAGGAUCAGCCCAGGAUAAAUCCGGUCCAACUGGAUGGGUUGUACAGAAAGACGCCAAAACAGGUUCUGUUAUUACAGAUGACCGUCUUCGGGUAAAGCUUGAAGCUGAAGGAGUUGGAGAGGAUAAACCUCAGGCUAUUCUCGAGGACGUUUUCGCUCUCGGCGACUGCGCCAUUCUUGAAGGGACUUCAUACCCAGCCACGGCACAGGUGGCCUCGCAGAAGGCAGAGUGGCUGGCAAAACGGCUCAACAGGGAUGACAUCGAGCAGUCUGGCUUCACUUGGAAGAACCUAGGCGUGAUGGCGUAUAUUGGCAACUGGAACGCUCUAUUCCAAGGCAGUGGCGGAGGCAAUAUAUCAGGAAGAGCUGCCUGGAUUUUGUGGAGAGGUGCUUAUCUCACGAAGAGUGUGUCCAUUAGAAACAAGAUUCUGAUUCCCAUGUAUUGGUUCAUUAAUUGGCUAUUCGGUCGCGACAUCAGUCGCUUCUAGGUUGUUGGUGCGAAUUUUAGACGUAUUAGACUUCGGUGUCAUGAAGUGAUUUUGUUUCAUCUGAAUUUGGAAGUGUGUCAUUUUCUAAUGGAGAUCUGAUCCGACGUGAACGCGGACCAAUCGAC